GUGGUCACUGGGUUGGCGCCUGACUGUGUCUAUAUAUCUACAUCUAUAUAUAUAGAAACCUGGUCUUUUCUUCUCAUUCUUCAUUCGUUCAUUCGCAGAAGAAGCAGAGUUUUCUUUCAUCUUCUUCAGGAUCAGAUCUCUCUCUCUCUUUCUGUGUUGUUCUUCUAUUUCACGAUCUCAAAGGCACAGACAACAAUCAAGGGUUUAGUAGAACAAGGUUACUGAGGGCUAGCACAAAUGGUGAAGAUUUGUUGCAUUGGAGCUGGAUAUGUUGGUGGGCCUACCAUGGCUGUGAUUGCUCUGAAGUGUCCUGAGAUUGAAGUAGCUGUGGUGGAUAUCUCUAUGCCGAGGAUCAAUGCCUGGAACAGCGAUCACCUUCCCAUAUAUGAACCAGGACUUGAAGAUGUGGUGAAGAAGUGCAGAGGGAAGAACCUCUUCUUCAGCACUGAUGUGGAGAAACAUGUUGCUGAGGCUGAUAUAGUCUUUGUCUCGGUUAACACACCGACAAAAACUCAGGGGCUUGGGGCUGGCAAAGCAGCAGAUCUAACCUAUUGGGAGAGCGCUGCUCGAAUGAUUGCCGAUGUUUCGACAUCUGACAAAAUUGUGGUUGAGAAAUCAACUGUCCCUGUGAAAACGGCUGAGGCAAUUGAGAAGAUUCUUACCCACAACAGGAAAGGAAUCAAUUUCUCAAUUCUGUCAAACCCGGAAUUUCUUGCUGAGGGUACCGCGAUCAAGGAUCUGUUUCAACCGGAUCGAGUUCUCAUUGGAGGCAGGGAGACACCCUUAGGUCAGAAGGCCAUUCAGGCUUUGAAAGAUGUUUAUGCUCACUGGGUUCCUGUAGAUAGAAUCCUUUGCACCAACCUGUGGUCUGCAGAACUCUCAAAGCUUGCUGCCAAUGCUUUUCUGGCGCAGAGGAUUUCUUCUGUGAAUGCCAUGUCAGCACUCUGCGAGGCCACUGGUGCUGAUAUCACCCAGGUAUCGCACUCGGUUGGUACAGACUCGAGAAUUGGCCCCAAGUUCUUGAAUGCCAGUGUUGGUUUUGGUGGAUCCUGUUUCCAGAAGGAUAUACUGAACUUGAUUUACAUCUGUGAGUGCAAUGGCCUUCCUGAGGUAGCAAAUUACUGGAAACAGGUCAUCAAGGUGAAUGACUACCAGAAAACUCGAUUUGUGAACCGGGUGGUUUCCUCCAUGUUCAACACUGUCUCUGGCAAGAAAAUCGCCAUUCUUGGUUUUGCCUUCAAGAAAGACACCGGUGACACCAGGGAGACCCCGGCCAUCGAUGUGUGCAAGGGACUUAUAGGCGACAAGGCCAAGUUAAGCAUCUAUGAUCCCCAGGUUUCCGAGGAUCAGAUCUCUAGGGACCUUUCAAUGAAGAAAUUCGACUGGGACCACCCACCACAUCUUCAGCCUAUGAGUCCAACAUCAAUUAAGGAAGUGUCUGUCGUCUGGGACGCAUACGAGGCAACAAAAGAUGCACACGGAAUCUGCGUCCUGACAGAGUGGGAUGAAUUCAGGAAUCUGGAUUACCAAAGAAUCUAUGACAACAUGAGGAAGCCUGCGUUUGUGUUUGAUGGCAGAAACAUUGUGGAUGUCGAGAAGCUGAGGAAGAUUGGGUUUAUUGUUUAUUCCAUUGGGAAGCCUCUGGAUCCAUGGCUGAAGGACUUGCCUGCUGUAGCUUGAAGCAACAAGAAGAGAAAUUUUCAGUACUGUCUGAUAGAUCAUUGGCCCUAUGUUAAGGAUUGAGACCUGGUGGGAUAUAUUUUUAGAACAAUGUUCCUUUAUAUGUUAUGACAAUGUUUUCUUGAUGAUAUAUGUAUUUUUGAUCAGCUUUUAUGGCCCAUGGUAGCUCCCAAAUAUGUUUCUAGCUUUAGCUAAAACAUACAUAUCCUUAUUUGUUGACCUGCUUUAAUGUAAUAAGAUUAGUGUAGCUCUAUACAAUGAAAUAAUGAAAUAUCAUUUCUUUUAUUUUUCA